GUUCACAUACAUCAAAAUCAAAAUCAAAAUCAAAAAUCGUCUUCAACUGUGAUAGAGUUUGUAAUUUUUGUAGUACAUCAUCAUCAAUUUGAAUCUGGACUCUGCAAACCCUAACCCUACCCCCUCAUUCUCUCUCUCUCUCUCUCUCUCUCUCUCUGGAUUUCAGAUUAUACAUACAUACAUAUAUAUGCUGCCUAUAUAGAGAGAGAAGCAUUUCUGCAGAAUUCUGAGCUGCAACCGCACAUUCUCUCUCUCUCUCUCUAAACCUAUCUAUCCUGAGAGAGCACUGUCACUGCUGAACAAAUUGAAUUGAUAAAUCUUCAAUUCAAAUCCAGAAACAUCAAGAUCUCUACGAAUUCAACGAUUCUUCGUGUGUUAUAUGUGUGUUCUCAUUCAUGGUCACCAUGGGAGCUGAGAAGAAAUGGCUCUUCGCGCUCUUCUCCGCCGCAUUCGUCUCUCUCAUGCUCUUCCUCUCAUUGAUCUCCGGCUUCAGCGCCUCCUUCUACACCUACAGCUUCCACCGCCCUUUCGCCUCCACCAUUCGCUGCGGCUCCGGUUACCCUCCGGCCUUCGCUUACUACAUCUCCGGCGGCGCCGGCGACGGAGACAGAAUAUUCCGGCUGUUGCUGGCGGUGUACCACCCCAGGAACCGCUAUUUGCUGCACAUUGGGGCGGAAGGUUCGGACAAUGAGAGGCGGAAAUUGGUCGGGUUGAUUAGGUCUGUGCCGGCGAUUAGGGCUUUUGGGAAUGUGGAUGUGGUCGGGAAGCCUGAUCCGGCCACGUAUAUGGGCUCCACGAACAUUGCGGCGGUGUUGCACGCCGCGGCGGUGCUGUUGAAGGUUGAUGGUGGUUGGGAUUGGUUUAUUUCGUUGAGUGCAUUGGAUUAUCCUUUACUUACUCAAGAUGAUUUGUCCCAUGUGUUCUCCUCCAUCCAGAGAGACCUCAAUUUCAUUGAUCACACAAGUGAUCUUGGAUGGAAAGAGGCUCAAAGGGUUCACCCAAUUGUGGUUGAUCCAGGGCUUUACUUGGCAAGGAGGACCCAAAUCUUUCAUGCCACAGAGAAACGACCAACACCUGAUGCUUUUAGAGUUUUUACAGGUUCUCCAUGGAUUGUCUUAAGCCGAGGUUUUCUUGAAUUCUGUAUUCUUGGAUGGGAUAAUCUCCCUCGCAUCCUUCUAAUGUAUUUUAAUAAUGCAAUUUUACCCCAAGAAGUGUAUUUCCAUUCUGUCAUUUGCAACUCACCUGAUUUCAAGAACACAACUGUUAACAGUGAUCUAAGAUACAUGAUCUGGGACAAUCCCCCCAAGAUGGAACCCCACUUUCUCAAUACGUUAGAUUACAAUCAGAUGGUUCAAAGCGGAGCUGCUUUUGGAAGACAGUUUCAUAAAGACGAUCCAGUGCUGGACAUGGUUGAUGAGAACAUCCUCAAGCGUGGCCGUAACCGAGCUGCCCCGGGGGCCUGGUGCACUGGCCGGAAGAGCUGGUGGAUGGAUCCAUGUUCACAAUGGGGUGAUGUCAAUGUCUUGAAGCCAGGGCCUCAAGCCAAGAAAUUUCAGGAGUCCAUGACUGGACUUCUUGAUGACAUCAAUACACAGUCGAAUCAAUGCAAGUGAAAAUGUACGAACUCGAGGACCGUCCAAGAAUUGACGAAAUUGGAUGUGCAUCUGAGAUGUUGGCUGGUUAGAACGACAAUCUUUCCGUUGACAUGCAUAUAUUGGUCUAUACACCUAUUUUUUUGUGGGGUUCUGGUUAGAGGCUUAUUUGGUGCUGUGUAUUGAGGGGUUAGAAUUGGAGGACCGUCUUGAAUUGGUUAAGAGUUUUUUGGGCUGUAUUGUUGGGGGCUAGAAUUUAUUGUAGAGGCCACUGGCAAGAGUCUUCACUGAAUAAGAGGGAUCACCGGUCUUUGUAGUGCCAUCAAUACUGUUGUUGGCAUUUUCUACCUCUCCUCGCAGCUUGCCAAUUGACACAGUUUAAAUGUUGAGGACGGGUGUCAUUCUUUAAAUUUCAAAAAAUUUGUUGUAUUUGUUUUAAUUCCUUUCCUUGCUGUCUCAUCUACAGUAGACACAUUAUUUCAGAUGGCUGAUAUGUUUAUAUAUGUGAAGGAUAGUUUUUAGGGAAACACUAAAAACUAUUUAAUGCUCUUGAAGCG